AUCCAUUGCAAGACUUGAAUUCCAAGUCUGCUCUCUCACUCAUCAUUUUCUGUCUCUUUUCAUGGUUACACCCAGAAAAAAAAUCCGAGACUUCUGGAACUUGGGUCAAAAGUCACUGGAGCUGAUGAGAGAGGAGACAAAGAUGGGUUUUGGGUAGAUUACACAUUUUCCUGAUCAUCAAUCAAAGCAUAGCUUCAAUUUUCCAUUCUUUCUCUUUGGUAAGAUUGCACAUUUUCUUUCUUGUUUUUCCCAGAAAAUGUUCAUUGCUCAUCACUUUCUUUCUUUCUUUCUUUCAUAAACCCCACUGUUUCAAUCUCUACAUAAUCUUAACUACUACUUCCUAAUUUCAGAGUUCUUUUCUUGAUUUUUAGGUUUUUGGGCUUGAGUUUGAUUUGAAAGCUUUGGCAUUUAGUUUCCAUUGCACAUUUUCUUUCCUGCUUUCCCAGAAAAUGUUCACAGCUCGUAUUUGACUUUCUUGCUUGAACCCCUUAGUUCCUAAUUUCAGAGGCCUUUCUUGAUUUUUAGGUUUUUGGGUUUGAGCUUGCUUUGAUCUUUAGUUGCAAAUUAUUGGUGACUCAAAGAAAACCUUAAUCUUUGUGAUACUCGGUUGCUCUUGGUUAGGGUUUUGGUUUGGGUACUUUAUUUCUUUGUCUUUAUACAUGUGGAAUCUAUUUACUCAUAUCUUGAUGGCAAUUCUUUAAUUUCUUUGAUUUGGGUAUGUUCAAAUUUAAGCAAAAACCUUAGAUUUAGGGUUUUAGUCAUAUUUUGGGUCUUUGGAGGUCCUUAAUUCCUGGUAAAUGGGUUCCAUAAAGUAUGAACACUUUUGAUUAUUGAUGAUAUCUUCAUUUUACAAGCCUAUAAUCUGAUAUAUAGGGUGCAAGGGUACUGACCUUGUAUUAGUACAAUGUCAAUUGCCCGUGUUGCUCUUAGUCCAAUUUACGAAGAGUCUUUGAAUUUCCCGGGACAUGUCUCUGGUCAACACGAUCCCUGGUCAAGGGAGUCAAUCUGGAUAUACCUAACUGUUGCUGGAUCUGUGAUUCCAAUGCGUAUUUUGGAGUCGGAUUCAAUAGCUUCUGUUAAGCUUAGGAUUCAGAACUACAAAGGAUUUUUCGUGAAAAAACAAAAACUGGUCUUUGAAGGCAAAGAACUGUCUCGGAACAAUUCUUGUGUCCGGGACUAUGGUGUCACAGAAGGAAAUGUUUUACAUCUGAUCCUUCGGUUCUCUGAUCUCCAAGCUAUUAUUGUUCGGACUGUAUGUGGGAAGGAGUUUAAAUUCCAAGUUGAGAGAACAAGAAACGUCGGUUAUGUGAAAAACCAGAUUGCUAAGAAAGGGAAAGGUUUUGGUGAUCUCAAAGACCAAGAGUUAAUCUGUAAUGGUGAGGAGCUUGAAGAUCAGAGACUUAUAGAUGAAAUUUGCAAAAAGGAUGAUGCUGUGAUCCACUUGGUGUUCCGUAAAUCAGCAAAAGUAAGCGCUAGACCUGUGGAGAAAGAUUUUGAAAUUUCAAUCGAGGCGUUGGAUUUGAAUGAGAGGGGGACUAAUGUGGUAGAUGGGGGCCAAGAUGAGUAUGGGACACAAUCUAAGCAGCUCGAGGUUGUGGCUGGGAAGCCACUGCAAGGAGAUUUCCUUUUGGAACCUCUAAUCGUUAAUCCUAAGAUUGAAUUGCCACUAGUUAUUAAGAAGCUAAUUAACUCAACUUUUGAUGGGUUGGAAAGCGGUAACCAACCUAUAAGGUCUUCGGAGGGAUCAGGGGGUGCUUAUUUCAUGCAAGAUGCUUUUGGUCAGGAAUAUAUUUCUGUUUUUAAGCCAAUUGACGAGGAGCCCAUGGCUGUAAAUAACCCUCGAGGGCUACCCUUGUCAAUAGAUGGGGAAGGGUUGAAGAAGGGGACAAGAGUAGGUGAAGGGGCUUUGAGAGAAGUUGCAGCAUACCUUUUGGAUCAUCCAAGGAGUGGUCCGCACUUGUUGAAGGACACGGGUUUUGCUGGGGUUCCCCCAACUGUCAUGGUCAAGUGCUUGUACCGAGGAUUCAAUUUUCCAAAAGGGUAUGAGUAUGCUUCUAAGAACAUUAAAAUUGGGUCAUUGCAGAUGUUCAUGAAGAAUUGUGGAAGUUGUGAGGACAUGGGUCCUCGUGCUUUCCCCGUGGAUGAGGUUCACAAGAUAUCUGUGUUGGAUAUCCGGUUGGCGAAUGCCGAUAGACAUGCUGGCAACAUCUUGGUUCAGAGAGAUAGUGAUGGUCAGAUUGUGCUUAUACCAAUUGAUCAUGGGUACUGCUUGCCUGAGAAUUUUGAAGAUUGUACAUUCGACUGGCUGUAUUGGCCUCAAGCACACCAGCCUUAUUCACCGGACACCAUUGACUACAUAAGAUCACUCGAUGCUGAUCGAGAUAUUGAACUCUUGAAAUUUUAUGGGUGGGACCUACCACUUGAGUGUGCACGCACGCUUCGCAUUUCCACUAUGCUUCUGAAGAAAGGUGCAGAGAGAGGACUCACUCCCUUUGCCAUUGGAAGCAUCAUGUGCAGGGAAACCUUGAAGAAGGAAUCCGUGAUUGAGCAGAUUGUUCAAGAAGCACAAGAAGCUGUUCUCCCCGGAACAAGCGAAGCAGCAUACCUUGAAUCUGUGUUACUGAUCAUGGACCGCCGCCUUGAUGAGCUCUCCCCAUGAGGCUGCCACUAGUAAAUAGGUAGAUGUUAAGAAAAUGUCAAUAUAUAAUCAUAUAUGUUUGGUGUUCUAAAGUAAUUUGGUUUUGUGUUGGAACUUUAUGUCCUGUAACUUCUUUCUGUGUUGUGCUACCCUUUUCCCCUGCCACUACCGGCCGCCCCUGGACACCAAAACAGAUAAUAAUAUUUGAACGAAAAUUUGUGAAUUACUAUCUUGGUGUGCUUAAUUUUUUUAA